CUGGAGCUAAAACCAGGAAUCUCAGGUCUGUGUUUCCGGGACUCAUGUCAGAGUUUAUAAGGAGGCGAGCCCUCAGCCUGUAUCAGCACAGUGUUUGAGAUAGAGUACACCUCAGCGUGUUGAGAAACAUGAGAUUCAUAAUCCUGCUCACCUGUUUGCUGGCAGCCUGCCUGGCAGAGAAGCCCUAUCCAUGCGAAAGUCCUCCCCUCCUUACCGGAGGUUUUGCUGUGUCCACACAGAAUGAAAAGCUGUUUACCUACGCCAAGUACCUGUAUGAUGCGAUGGGACGCAGAGUACGACUCAUGGAGCUGGGCACCUAUGAGAAUAAGUCGUUCACCUAUGACGUUCUGCUGCUCUACAGAGAGGCUGCCAUGUAUGAGAUCCAUGAACAUAACCGCACUUGUAAGAAGUCACCUCUGAAGGUAGAAUUCCAACCUCUGGGUAUUCCGAAAAAUGCCUCUCUGUUGGGUCAGGUUGUGGUGGGAAGUUCAUCCGGACCUGGGCAAGGCCUCCUGGUAAACACAUGGGUAGGAGAGCUACCAGACAAGUCAGGAAAGUACAUGGCAACGGUCACUGAAUUUGCCUGCAUUCCUGUCAGCAGUGCCUACCACACAAAAGAGUUUGGAUGGAUGGUGACAAGCUUUUUCAACAACGUCAUCGGGAUUGAAGAUCCUGAUCGCCUCAAUCCCCCAAGCUUCUGCACAGAUGCGGAGGUACAGGAGGACCCAGCAGACUUCCUCAGUGUAUUUGUAAAGAUGAGCUGAAGACCUCCUGUGAUUGUGUCAUAGCAUUUAACUCUGUUGUCAUGUUUGAAUCUCAUUUGAGACCUUGGCAUGCUCAGAAUUUUCUCAUGAUGAUCAGUUUAUUCAGUUCUGUCAUUCUCCUCUUACUUCACUGCCCUUCAGUCCAUUCCCAUUUACCCCGAUGGUGAAUGAAGAAUGUCUUUCCACAAUAUGAAUAAGAAUAAAAAAUUUUCAUUUUUUUCAGUCA